UCGCGAGCCCCUCCGCGCCGUCGUGGCUGGCUCAGGUCCCCGGAGUUUCCGCCUCAGCCGCCGUCCGAGCUCCUCACAGACGCGGAGAUCCCCGCGAGUCCCGGGCGGGUGCCAGGGCGCGCAGACAUGGGCGGCCGCUCCCGAGCGCGCUGGGCGGCCGCGGCGCUGGGCGUCACGGGGCUGCUGUGCGCCGUGCUGGGCGCCCUCAUGGUCGGGCUGGGGCCCUCGUUCAUCAAGCAGCAGGUCCUCAAGAAUGUGCGCAUCGACCCCCAGAGCCUGUCCUUCAACAUGUGGAAGGAGAUCCCUGUCCCCUUCUACAUGUCCGUCUACUUCUUUGAGGUCAUCAACCCCAAUGAGAUCCUGAAGGGCGAGAAGCCGCUGGUGCAGGAGCGCGGGCCCUACGUGUACCGACAGUUCAGACAUAAGACCAACAUUACCUUCAAUGACAAUGGCACUGUGUCCUUCCGGGAACACCGCAGCUUCCAGUUCCAGCCCGAUAAGUCCCGGGGUGCUGAGAGUGACUACAUUGUCCUGCCCAACAUCCUGGUUAUGAGCGCAGCUGCGAUGAUGGAGCACAAGCCCACCAGCCUGAAGCUGCUCAUGACGCUGGCCUUCAGCACCCUUGGGGAGCGUGCCUUCAUGAACCGCACGGUGGGCGAAGUUAUGUGGGGUUAUGAGGACCCCCUGGUGAACCUCAUCAACAAAUACUUCCCAGACAUGCUGCCCUUCAAGGGCAAGUUCGGACUGUUCUCAGAGAUGAACGACACAGACUCUGGGCUCUUCACCGUGUUCACCGGGGUACAUGACAUCAGCAGGAUCCACUUUGUGGACAAGUGGAAUGGACUUAGCAAGGUCAACUACUGGCACUCGGAGGGGUGCAACAUGAUCAACGGGACGUCAGGGCAGAUAUGGCCGCCGUUUAUGACUCCUGAGACAUCACUGGAAUUCUACAGCCCCGAGGCCUGCAGGUCUAUGAAUCUCAUCUACAAGGAGCCAGGGGUGUUUCAAGGCAUCCCCACCUACCGCUUCGUGGCCCCCAAAACCUUAUUUGCCAAUGGCUCUGUCUACCCACCCAAUGAAGGCUUCUGCCCGUGCCUGGAGUCCGGCAUUCUGAACGUCAGCACCUGCAGGUUCAAUGCGCCUCUGUUUCUCUCCCACCCCCACUUCUACAAUGCGGACCCUGUGCUGGCAGAAGCGGUGCUCGGCCUGCACCCCGACCCUCAGGAGCACUCUCUGUUCCUGGACAUCCACCCUGUCACCGGCAUCCCCAUGAACUGCUCAGUGAAGCUGCAGCUUAGCCUCUACAUGAAAGCUGUCCGCGGCAUUGGGCAAACCGGGAAGAUCGAGCCGGUGGUCCUGCCGAUGCUGUGGUUUAGCCAGAGCGGGGCCAUGGAGGGCGCGCCGCUGCGCACGUUCUACACGCAGCUGGUGCUGUUCCCCAAGGUGCUGCAUUACGCGCAGUACGUGCUGCUCGCCCUGGGCGGCGCUCUGCUGCUCGUGCCCAUCGUGUACCAAAUCCGCAGCCAGGGUCUCAAAGACUCCAGGAGCCCCCCAAGCCUGGUCACUCAGCCAGACCAGUCCCCCAGCCCCUGCACCCCGCUUCUUGAGGACUCAGUCUGCGGACAGCCCACUGCCCCCACAGCCUGACCCCGGGUACCAAGCCUGCCAGAUGUGCCACGCGUGGCUGGACGUGUGCUGACACUCAGGGACAGAGCUACCACUGUGGAGCCCAGGGAGAGGCCGCCAUCUUCUCCACGUGGCCCUGGGCCCGCCCACGGGAGCCAUGCCCACCCCUCCCUGGCUGAGCCAGGCCCCUGACGACCUCACUGCUGCCCAAGGUUCCCCCACCAGGUACCGCGGCCCUGGCGGCCACUGGUCCACGCAGAAGAGCCCAGGUUGCGGGUGCGGGCCACCUGUGCCAGUGCCUGCAGGUCCCGCCAGGGCGUCACAGUCUGCUCCGGCCGUGCAGAGCCCUGGGUCCCUGUGACCACGAGCCCAGGGUGUCAGCGCCUCUCCUGGCCCCUGCCAACCCCCUCAGGUCCCCAGCUCUCAGGUGCCAAGCAGGGGCUGGGGCCCAGGCACACCCCGGGGACGGCACCCGCCUGCGGCGCUGGUCCCCAGACAAGCCGCUGUCUCUUUUCUACUGGAAAAGAAAUCGUUAUCAGCUCUUAACAUGAAUUCAGAAUUGAAACAAUAAAUCUUUUUGACAAUUGAA